AUGUCCACGGUCAGAACCCUGGCAGUGCGCAUGCGCCUCGUCCCGACGCGGUUUCUGGGCGCCAGGGUCUGCACCGAAACAUGGCAGAGGUUGGGUCCAAGUCAGUGCUGUUCGUGUGUCUCGGUAACAUUUGCCGGUCACCCAUUGCAGAAGCAGUAUUCAGGAAACUGGUAACUGAUGAAAAGGUUUCAGAUAAUUGGGCCAUUGACAGCAGCGCCGUUUCCGACUGGAACGUGGGCCGGCCCCCAGACCCAAGAGCUGUCAGCUGCCUAAGAAAUCAUGGCAUUAGCACAGCCCAUAAGGCAAGACAGAUUACAAAAGAAGACUUUGCCACAUUCGAUUAUAUACUAUGUAUGGAUGAAAGCAAUCUGAGAGAUCUCAAUAGAAAAAGUAAUCAAGUUAAAAACUGCAAAGCUAAAAUUGAGCUACUUGGGAGCUAUGAUCCACAGAAACAGCUCAUCAUUGAAGAUCCCUAUUAUGGCAAUGACUCUGACUUCGAGGUGGUGUACCAGCAAUGCCUUAGGUGCUGCAAGGCCUUCCUGGAGAAGACUUACUAGCUGGUCCUAAGCCCCACCAUUGAGCAGCUCACUCAUCAGUGCUGUGCCCAAGGGUGGUGGCAGUCCUUAGCCCCAUACCCCACCUCUCUUUUCAGCUGACUUACUGUAUAUCUUUAAAAUAAUUGUAGGUGGGAAUUAGGCAUAUGUUCAGAAGGAUAAAAGCAUUUGAGUCAGACAGUUUGAGGUGUGGCUAAGCAUUCUUAGACUAACUAAACCUCUGACCUUGCGGUGAUUACAAAACAGUGGAACAAGCAAAUAUGGAACAAAAGAAAACAAAAACAAAAACAAAAACCCAGAAAGUAAGAGUGACCUAGAAGGUCCAUAUCAGCCUCUGAGCUCGGCAAGCCUGGGUCGUCUGGUCUAAGUGGAGUGUGUGCAUGACCCGCACCCAGUGUGCCGUUUGCUUGCCGUGUACUCUCUUCUCUAGGCUCUCGUUGUGACAAUAGCUCCAUUCACGGCAGCCUUCCAGUUAACACUGGCAGUUUAAGCUCAGACACACUGAGGGUGUUGAGGGAUUUGAGAGAGGAGACGCUGGAUGUGCUGAUGGGCCUGGGACUCCAGCAGGCCGUCCUGGGCUGGACAGUGACACCCUGUCUAAAAGGGGAACAAAAAUAACAACGGAUGGGAGCAGCAGAUGGAUAAAGUUACCAUCUUCAGUCUUACUUGGUUUUUGUCUACUUUCCUGAGCUUUGUUCUUGUUUGAGCCACUUUGCUUUAAAAAAAAAGUAAGUGUGCUUAAAUACUGGUAUGUGUUUGUAAGUGUUCUCUCAUGGGCAAUUUACAAAGUUAUAGGCAAGCAAGAGUAAUUUUUGUGUAUUUUCAGAAAAGAGACCUCAAAUUUAUAUGAAUGUAUGUCAGAAAGGAACAUGAAUUCAACUGGGAAGUUAUCAAAUACAACUGAGAUACAAAUCCAGUGUCUGCCUGCUUCUUACUGACAAGUGAACAAGAUACCUAAAUGUUGCCUCCAUGUGCCUUUUUAUUUGCUUGAGUGUGAAGUUUGGGCUCUCAGCCUCUGUGUUAGAAAGUAAAGUGAUGAGAUGGAUACACACAAUGCUGUGUUGGAUGGCGAUGGGUGUCUAAUUGAGAGACUCCAGGCACUAUCCUUAUCCUUGGGCCUUCUUCAUGUAGCUGGUGCUCCCUACCCGCUUCCCAGCUGAAAAGGUGGUAACUGUCUGUCUUAGCCUGUCUUAGCUCAGGUCACUACUGGUGAGCUCCAGUCACGCAGAACUUGUAGUUAGAAGAGCCAUCCUGACGUCUGAAAGGAAGGAAGCCCAGGGGCCUAGGAAUAUGCAGUCUCUUCUUGGCCAGGGCUCCUCUCUCGAAGGAGGAAAGCUUACACCUGACUCUUCCAGAAGAAAGCAGCUAUCCCAGCACCCUCUCACAGAAAGGCCAUGAUGUCCCAGCAAAGGCAGACACUUCAGCUGCCUUUUUGGGCUCCUGUGGGGUUUUGGUCAGAGUCUUCACAAAAUUAAAACCGAGGAAGGGAGAGGACAGGUAGUCAGCCACAAGGAGGAAAUGGAUUAAGUCAAAGCUCUCCACCCUACUUCAGUGCUUGCUUCAGAAUCUCAGAUUUCUCUUUCAGGUCAUAAGAUCCUAUUGUUUUCUUGAAAUUUUACCUGUGUAUCUUACACGCAGAUCCUUGGAAUGUCAGGUUCUGCUUUGUUCUACGGCUGUCUCAAACAGCACAGUGUGUUUAUAAGGGCUCAUGAACAGAGAAAUUAACUUUUUACAUUCAAUCAAAUUACAUUUGUUUAAAAUACAGCCAUUAAAUUUUAAAACUGUUCUCAGGGUGCUUCUUGGUUUGACAUUCUCUUACAAUCAGGUAGAGAUGGUAGAUGUGGAGUAUUGAUGGCUAAAUGAGACCAAGCGAUCAGGAGUUUAUGUUAUUCAGUACUUAGUCACAUCUACACACACACACACGCACACGUGUAUAUAUAUAGUGAACAAUGUGUAUGUAUGUUUAUAUAUACAUAUAUUCUGAGCCUUGACAUUGUUAUUUAAGAGUCAUUCUGAAGACUGUUCAUUAUUCCAAACACUUCAUUUAUUUCCUUGUAUUUAUUCACAGUAUUUACAUAUUGUACAAUACCUGGAAUGUACUUUUACAUUUACAGAGGACAAGUGGGACUGGCCUUGGCAUAGCCACAGAUACAUAUGCCACUGUUUUCAACACAACUGAGGUUUUUUUGGUUUUCAUUAAAAUUUUUCAUGCAGUUCCAAACUAUACUUUGGGAUUUUAAUUGUAGAAUACAAAAUGUCAAAUCAUACUAUAUGCUCUAUGAAAAUACAGUUUAAUGUUCUGCCUAUGUUUCUAAAGAAAUAUUCCUUGUGGUUCCACCUAAUCUUAAAAAGAAAAUACCUCAUUUUACAGAACAAUACAUCAAAUGUGGAAUGUUGUCUGUUUUUACAAUCAUAAGAGUGGCAAAUCUCACUGACAGAUACACUGAUUCACUGAAUGCAUAUUUGUAAACUGUCAGCAACAUAGAAAAUGCAAAGGAAUUAUGGAAGAGUGCAAAAAUAAAUCUCUGUCCACAGGAAGUGGGCAUGAAGAUG